GUGUGUGGUCAUCCUGAACCUCAGGUCACAUGGUACAGGGAGGGGAGGGCUGUGAUUGGCAGAGAGCGUUGUGUUGUGGUGAGAGGUAGGCGGGGCACCUUCAGUCUGGUGGUGGGCGGAGUCAGAGAGGAUGACCUGGGACGUUACACCUGUCAGGCAACCAAUCAGGCAGGGAGUCGACAAGUUACCGUGGAGAUUCUUCUGGAAGAGGAUUCUGGGAAGAAGAUCAUCCACCUGUCCUCCAUGAAACCAGGGUGGCGCUCUAACAAACCGAUGCUGGAGAACAGGUCCAGCAUUUGGGGCGAGAGUCCGCCCAAGUUCAUCAGUAAACCGAGCCGAGUCUACGCCAAACUGGGACAGAGCGGGAGGUUCUCUGCCAAGGCAACCGGACGACCACAGCCCCUGGUCACAUGGUACAAGGGGGCGGGGCUUCCGUUUUGUAUGCGGGUCAGUAUAUUCGAGCGCUCCGGCCUUCACUUCCUGGAGAUAAAGGAAGUUUGUGCGGAUGAUGCAGGAACUUACACUUGUUCGGUUUCCAACAGUGCUGGAACAGCGACUGUCAGCGCUGAGCUCCACGUUCAGGGUGCUGAAUCCUCCAGCAGGGCCGAUCACACAACUGACACCACACAGACCUGCAGAGUGGACAGAGCUGCACCGUCCUCCCAUACAGAGCAGCAGCAGAGCCCCCUGCAGGCAGACUCCUGGAGGAGCAGGCCUCCUCUACCAUUGCGCCUGGUGGCUGAGGGGAGAACUACAGCUGUUCCA